AUGCACUACAACAGCCCAUCAUGCACUACAACAGCCCAUCAUGCACUACAACAGCCAUCAUUCACUACAACAGCCCAUCAUGCACUAACCCUCAUGCACUCCAUCAUCAAAAGCCCAUCAUGCACUACAACAGCCCAUCAUGCACAACAGCCCAUCAUGCACUACAACAGCCCAUCAUCAUCACUACAACAGCCCACCCCACAACAGCCCAUCAUUCACUACAGCAUCAUUCACUACAACACUCAUCAUGCACUACAACAGCCCAUCAUGCACACAACAACCCAUCAUGCACUGCAACAGCCCAUCAUUCACUCAACAGCCCAUCAUGUACUACAACAGCCCAUCAUGCACUACAACAGCCCAUCAUUCACAACAACAGCCCACCAUGCACUACAACAGCCCAUCAUGCACUACAACAGCCCAUCAUGCACUACAACAGCCCAUCAUGCAGUACAACAGCCCAUCAUUCAUAACAGCCCAUCAUGCACUACAACAGCCCAUCAUGCAGUACAACAGCCCAUCAUGCACUACAACAGCCCAUCAUCACAACAACAGCCCAUCACACUACAACAGCCCAUCAUUCAUACAACAACAGCCCAUCAUGCACUACAACAGCCCAUCAUGCUCUACAACAGCCCACUGCUCUGCCAAAAAGCCCAUCAUGCACUACAACAGCCCAUCAUGCACUACAACAGCCCAUCAUGCACUACAACAGCCCAUCAUGCACUACAACAGCCCAUCAUGCACUACGACAGCCUAUAUGCCUACAAAGCCCAUCAUGCACUACAACAGCCCAUCACGCACUACAACAGCCAUCAUUCACUAAAAUAG